AGUCUUUAACUAUAGACAAUGGGUAAUUUUGUCAUCGCGUACUGGGAACUACGGGGGUUUGCUGAGCCCGCAAGAAUGCUUUUGGAGUUUGGUGGAAUAGAAUAUGAAAAUAGACUUGUGAACGAUGGAAAAAAAUGGUUUGCCGAAAAGUUCAGUUUGGGAAUGGAUUUCCCGAAUCUUCCCUACAUAAUUGAUGGUGAUGUUAAAUUCACCGAGAGUUGGGCUAUUUAUAGGUAUCUUGGGAAAAAAUUUAAUCUGUUCCCAACAUCGGAAACAGACCAACGACAGGCAGAUAUGCUUCAAGGAGUGAUAAACGACAUCAGAGUCGGAUUUGUCAGAUAUAUAUAUCACGCCGAUCUCUAUAAGAAAAUCGAUGAUCUCCGUAAGAACCAAUCUGGAAAAGUAGAUUUGAUGGAAAAAUAUUUAAAAGAUAAGAAAUUUCUGAUGGGAAACGAUUUGACUUUCCUUGAUUUUGCUUUGUUUGAAACCUUCGAUCACCACCGCCUAUUUUUUACCGAUAUUUUUGACAAAUCACCCAAUAUUCAAAAUUACAUGAAAAGAUUUGAAUCACUGCAGCCAAUUGCUAACUAUCUGAGUUCUGCCAGAUACAAGAAGUUUCCAAUAAAUGGUCCAAGUGCUUCAUGGGGUGGGCAAAAGGAAAACGAUAGAAAAUAUAUGUGAACUGUCCAAACAAGCAUAGAACAUAGUCGAAAAUUCUUUAUUUUCAAUCCGAAUAUCAAUAUUUAUAUUAAUUAAUCUCAUAAAAAUUAAAAUAUUUCCUGAAAUACAUCUGUUAUAACUUAUUAAUAAUCAGCUGAUCAAUUCAAUUAAAAAAAUUCCGUAUGUCCAAGGACUAAGUGAAAAAAUUCGAAGAAUUUUGGAAGACGUUAAAAUCAGAGUAAGUUUUAAACCCCAAAAAACUAUCGGCCAAUUGCUCUCCAACGUCAAAGACCGCCCAUGCCCUAAACAAAAAAACGGAGUUGUAUAUGCAAUCCCAUGCAGCGAUUGUUCUUCAGUCCACAUCGGAGAAACCAAAAGAAGCCUGGAAACUCGCAGCAAGGAACAUCUACGAGAUAUUAAACAAAAGAAAAUUGACAAGUCGGCCCUUUCGAAACACGCCCUUUCUAAUAACCAUAGCAUCGACUGGGAAAACAGCAGGAUACUAGAAAAAGAAACUCAAUACAGGAGAAGACUAUUUCUCGAAUCUUAUCACAUAAAUAAAGAGAAGAAUUCGAUGAAUGACAAAGAAACCACACUUUUCCCGCCUGUAUAUAAAUCAUUGUUUAAAUAGUCCCCUUUUUGUUUGAACUUGCGCUAGUUUGUUUAUUUAUACAUAUUAUCUUAUCAUCAUCCUUUUAGAUUACAG